UGUAACUGUCAAAUCAACACAAAAUUUUAAUCUUAAGUUUAUUUCAAGUUCUAAUGAAUUAAUACUAAAGACAAUAAAUGUUUCAAAACUGGAUUUUGCCUAAGGAUAAAAUGCAAAGCACCAUAAAGGAGGUGCUGGACGCUUUAGGAUGUAGUUUAGAAGCAGAUACUGUUUGGGACUACAUUCAGAAUGAUCCCAAUUACGGGAAUAGUAAUCUUUCUACGAAGCAAGUCAAUGAAUACGCUCAGAGAUUAGCGCUAAAAGCAUCUAACGCGAAGACAUUUCUAAAGAAAUACGAUGACCUAAGGAGCCGCAACACUGAUAAUUUGUCAGAUAUCAUAGUUUCAUUUUAUAAAUUGGUAUGUGAUGAAAAAAGAUCCCGUGUUACUAAGCCAAAAGUUUCUCCAAAACCUAUAUUAGGAGAUAAUAAGCACCAAAUAACUAAAGAAGAUCUGCCACAGAUUAAAGAUAAACUUCUUAAAGCUGUGGAUGAAAGUAAAAAAUUAGUCAUGAAAUCAUUUGAGGAACAAGAAUCGAAACUCCGUCCGAAUUGGUACAACAGCUUAGAUCUGCCUAAUUGGCAAAAGGAUAAUCCUGCUAUGUCAUGGGAUUUCCCUAAAGAACCUGCACCAAUCAUAGCAUCAUUAGCGGGCAUACCAGUAGCUUCACAAGAAAAUAUUAUCAUAGAUGAACUCCUUUAUGUUUUCUCCGGUGUGCCUGGUAACUAUAUUGUACAUCAGCCAGUCAGAGAUGCGUUAGAACCUAGAUCAUUUCUCAUAUCUGAUGAUUUGGAUGAUGCAUUGAAACAGAUUGUACAACAAAUGCUACCUCUAGCAUCUAACUAUUCUAUAGUAAGAAGGUUUAUUGAGCAAUGCAAUAUGUGGUCGGGACAAGUUCUACAUGCAUUAGUUGCUGCUAUUGAAAUUUUACUGAAGGAUUAUUAUACAAUGAUAGCACAAUUGGAGACCGAGCACAUGGCUGGGAACUUGUCAUUACAAAAGCUAUGGUACUAUGUUCUACCAACAAUGCACACCAUGCAAGUAUUGGCAGCUAUCCUCACUAAUAUCGGAAAGAGCGAGUUCCGUGGCGGCGCGGUGUUGACAGUUCUUCAUGAUAAAACAAACACAUUAAUGGGCGAUGCCAGAGCUCAGGAGAUAUCCUUGUUCCUGACAGAGCGUUCCUGCAGACCUUACCUCAGGAUAUUGGAUCAAUGGAUACACAAGGGCACUAUUGUGGAUCCAUUUCAGGAAUUUAUGAUAGAAGAUAAUGAGCUGGUAAAUAAAGAAGAAUUGCCUGUAGAUUACUCUGCGGACUACUGGGAGAAGAGAUACAGCGUACAGAGGGAGAGGGUGCCAAAGUUUCUGGAAAAAUACACUGAUAUCAUACUGAGGACAGGAAAAUAUUUAAAUGUUAUCAGUCAGUGUGGUAAAUCCAUAGCAAAAACGAACACAGAAGACAUAAAAUACUCAUUACGUGAACAAAACUACAGCGCCAUUAUACAGAAAGCGUACGCAUUCGCGAGUAAGUCGUUGUUAGAAUUACUGCUAAAGGAGUACGAUCUGAUGGGAAGACUGAAGUCCGCUAAGAACUACUUCUUGAUGAGUCAGGGCGACUUCAUUGUACAGUUCAUGGAUGCCACAGAGCAGGAACUAUCCAAAAAAAUUGAUGACAUCAUACCAUCCAAAUUAGAAUCUCUAUUGGGAUUGUGUUUAAGGCUCUCUGCGGCAAGUCAUGAUCCGUACAAUGAAGAUAUGCGAGUGGAACUGUUGCCGUAUGAUCUGCAGUUCCAAAUGUUCAAAAUAUUAUCUAUCGAGACUGAAGAAGAAAAAGAGUACAAACAGAACAAAGACUGUCCACCGUUGACGGGCAUAGAGACGUUCUCGUUUGGUAUGGAAGUGAAGUGGCCGGUGUCUCUCAUAUUGAAUCAUAAGGCGAUCGCCUGCUACCAGAUGAUCUUCAGACAUCUAUUCUAUUGUAAACAUGUUGAAAGAUUACUUUGCAGAGUGUGGCUGUACAACAAGGUGGUGAAGCGGUUCUCUGAGGCGCGGCAGUACGCGGAGGCGUUCGCGCUGCGGCAGCGCAUGCUGAGCUGUGUGCAGCACCUGCAGUACUACAUGUGUGUUGAGGUCAUCGAGCCCUCCUGGUGUCAACUUAUACAGAGUCUAGACAAGGUGAACAACGUGGACGAGGUGCUGGAGCGACACAACGACUUCCUGGAGUCGUGCCUGGGAGACUGCAUGCUGACCAGCCCCCAGCUCCUCAAGGCCGUCACCACGCUCUGCCUCGUCUGCGUACAGUUCUGCACAUUUAUACAGGAAAUGCACAAGUACUUCGUGGACGCAGAGCUUAACAGUAUGCUUGGAUCUACGUAUGACCAUACAGAUUAUAGCGAGGGCGGAGCUUGCGGGGGUGGGGGCGGAGCUAGUGGGACCGGGGGCGUGGCUAGCGGGGGUGGGGGCGGGUCGUCGGACUCGUUCUCUCGCUCGGUGUCGCGGUACGGGCUGCGGUUCACGGCUGCGCUGCUCUCCGUGCUGGCGAUCAUUGAGCGCAUGGCCAGAGACAACAACACCAACAAACUGCUCAAUAUCUCUGCAAGAUUGAAUUUCAACACGUACUAUGUAAAGCAACUAGAGAAGUUCUGUUCCGACGACAAGCUGCUGGAUGGUGAGAGGAAGCAAGUGGGCUCCUAGCAUAGAGCUGUGCGCAGGCGCACCAACCUCGUCACCAGUGUCUAGCUUGUCGCUGCACAUUGGAUACUAUAUCCCCUUCCAAAUGAACUAAUUGUAAACGUACAAACGAUACUUUCCAUGCACGGUUUAUUAAAUUUUGUGGAAACUGUGAAAUAGAUCGAGUUGUGAGUAUAAUUGUAUAGAAUUAAAUAUAGUGAGUGAAAAGUUUUCCUCGGAAAUAUUUUGGAAUUUACGAGUUUUAUAAGUAAGGUUUCAUUUGGAACAAGGGAUAGAACCGAGAAAAAAUAUGUUUUCAAAACUCGGUUAAAACAAUCAGUUUUGAAAACAUAUUUUUAUGGCAUUUGCAUGAAAUUAAUGAAUUUUUUGUUAUAAGUUUUUAUAUUCCUGACUUUUUAAUUGCAAUUGUAGUUUGAAAUAAUACUAUCUCAAGGUCAAAAACGCAGUUGCAUUUUCGUAAGUUAAUACAAUCAGUUUUGAUACCUAUUCUAAUAUACUUAAAGAAUAUGUCAAAAUAAUUAACUUUAAUGUCCACGAAAAAUCUAGAACAGUUAUUUCUCGCUUCUAGUAUGUACUUGUUCGCCAAAUGUUCUAACAAUUUGGUAACACACACUAUUUUUGAAAUUAACAAAUGAUAUUAAAUUUUAAGCUAGAAUGGUUGCCAAGUAUAUUUAUUAAUACAACAAUA